AUGAAUUCCUCAACAAAGUCCUCCAUUUUGUUCAGCCUUGGGUUGAUCCUCAUCAUCGCCAAUGUAGCACAAGCCGAAGAAAAAUCAGCAACCUUGGACUUAUCGAAGUUGGUGAUUAAAGUUUGUGACGCUACAGCAACAGAAAGGGCAAAAUGCAUGGACAUCAUGAGAUCAAACCCUAAGAUGCUAUCAGCAAAGAACAUUGUUCAGCUCUCACAAGCCAUCCUUGAGUUGGGCAUAAGCAAGGGCAAGGAGGGACAAAAAUUCCUUAAGGAGUUGGCAAAGAAGACCAAGUCCCCGGCGCUUGAACAAUGCGCCGGAUUCGACUACGAUGGCGUCGUUGGAUCCUUUAAGAGUGCCCUUGGCGAGAUCAAGGAAGAUCCCAUGACUGCAAAUUAUGAUGCCAAGGUCGCCAGCGAUGGUCCCGACACCUGCGACAGAGGUUUGGCCAGUGAAAAGAUCGUUAACCCUGCUGUUACCGAACUAAACAAGGAGAUUAGGUUGCUUUCAGGCAUAGCUUUUGCUGCAACAAACUUUAUUCCAAACAAAAUUUAA